AUGGAGACGGAAAAGAUCACUUGGAAAAUCGCGGCCCUGCCCCCUGGCAGCACCUACUUCUCCCUCGAGUUCUUCCCCCCAAAGACAACAAUGGGCUCCUCGAACCUCCGCGCGCGUCUCGACCGCAUGUCCCGCGCCCUACGUCCUCUCUUCGUGACCGUCACCUGGGGCGCAGGCGGUUUCACGGCUACAAAGAGCUUGGAGUUGGCGGAGCUGUGUCAGAGGGAAUUGGGAUUGACGACUUGUUUGCACCUUACCUGCACCAACAUGAGUCGGGAAUUGGUUGAUCGCGCGCUGGAGGAUGCCAAGGCGCUGGGAAUCAGGAAUAUUCUCGCAUUGAGAGGGGAUCCGCCGAGGAAAGAGGAGUAUGGGGAUGCUAAUGUGACGAAGGAGGGCGAGGAGGAGUUUGUAUGGGCGGUGGACUUGGUGAGGUAUAUUAGAAAGAAUUAUGGGGAGUACUUUUGCGUUGGAGUUGCUGCGUAUCCAGAGGGGCACGCCGACGAGGGACACCCUGAGGGUCAGAGUUUGGAGCAUGAUUUACCGUAUUUGGUGGGGAAGAAGAAUGCUGGGGCGGAUUUUAUCAUGACACAGUUGUUCUUCGAUGUUGAGGCUUUCGAUUCUUUCGAGAAGAGACUGAGAGAACAUGAGAGCGGGGCUUUCAAGACGAUACCUAUCAUUCCUGGUAUGAUGCCAAUUCAGAGCUACCAAAUGAUCAAACGAACGACGAAAUUGAGCCAUGCGAAGUUACCUCAGGAGAUAUUAGACAAAUUGGAACCGGUCAAGGGAGACGAUGAGAUGGUUAAGAAGGUUGGAGUGGAUAUCAUGGCGGGAAUUGUUGAGCAUAUCAAGAUGGAAAAAUCUCCAGGUCCAAGAGGUUUCCACUUCUAUACUCUCAACCUCGAAAAAGCAGUUUCAUUCAUCCUCGAGCGAACAAACCUAAUACCCGAUAGCCCCUCCGACACCGAAGCCGCGAUUCUCGAUGCUCCCCUCCCAAUACUGAGUAUCAAUGGUUCCAUUCGUUCAAUUAUCAACGGCUCAGGUCGUCGGGCAAGCUCAAUAGGUUCCGAUCCCCAUAACAGGAUUAUCAUCAACGAAAAUCACACCUCUAACCCCGACUACGAAACUACUGCCUCAGAAGCUGGCAUCGCCGCUCAAGCAAUCAACACUCGCGCCAACACUUUGGCAAUUUCAGAAGGAGAAGGCUCUCUUGGCCGCGAAGCAACUUGGGACGACUUUCCCAACGGUCGCUGGGGAGAUGCCCGCUCACCGGCCUACGGAGAAAUUGAUGGUUAUGGUGUCUCCCUUCACAUGUCCGUAAACCAAGCCAUAAAACUCUGGGAAUAUCCCAAGACUGUUUCUGAUAUAACCUCUCUCUUCAUCCGCCACAUUGAAGGAUCGAUCCCGUCUCUACCUUGGAGUGAAGAAGGCUUGAACGAAGAGACGAAUACUAUAAAACCGCAUCUCCUGGCUUUGAACAGAAAGGGUUGGUGGACAGUAGCUUCACAACCAGCAGUAAACGGUGUCCGCUCAUCAGAUCCAAUCUUCGGAUGGGGACCAAAGAACGGUUUCGUCUUCCAAAAAGCAUUUGUCGAACUCUUCAUGCCAUCUUCCUCCUUCACAGCUCUCCAUAAGAAACUCACCUCCUCAGACCUCGCACCACUAGUCUUCUUCUACGCUUCCAACGCCAAGGGGGACCUCCUUCAAUCUGCAACACCAUCUACAUCUAACCCCGAAGAAGAAAACUCUACCAAUGCAGUAACUUGGGGUGCGUUCCCGGGCAAGGAAAUCAUCACACCUACUAUCAUUGAAGAAGUGAGUUUCCGCGCUUGGGCCGAGGAGGCAUUUGGUAUCUGGGGCGAGUGGGAGAGAGUUUACCCUAGAGGGAGCGAGAGUCAGAAGUUACUAGAAAAGGUCAGAGGUGAUGUGUGGUUGGUGAACGUGAUUCACCAUGGGUUCGUGGAGAAAGAAGGGUUGUGGGAAUUACUGAUGGAUGAUUCAUGUUGA